UCCAUGUCUCUUCGGGGCUAUCCUAGGCUUUGCAAUGCUACAUCCCAUAGAAAUCACUGCUACAUCCCUGUGACGCCUUCCAUCGCUGUCUGCUCAGAUGAUGUAAACCCUACCUUUGGACAUUACUUACCCAGCAGCUGCCAAGGCAAUCUCUGGCUUCUGGACCAUUGCCAAGACUCCUAUUGUGAAGCACCUGACUGUGACUCUCCCAGCUGUGUGCUCAAGACUUGCACUCCAAGUUGCAAUCCCACGGACUCCUGUAUUCCUUGCAAUUCCCCAUCUGCAAAUCAGGUUGUUACUGACUGCAAAACUACCAACAGCCGAUCCAGACUCAGCUGCAGUCCCGGUACUGAGACCAAAGGGUAUGUAUCCAACUGCCCCACGGCUACUCGACUUGCAUCUAAAGCCUGCCAGACUCUUCAAAAUGGCUCCCACUGCAUAGGGCAAUUUAAUUCCUUCCUCAAGAAUCCUCAGGCCACACACCACUGUAUUCUGGGCAACAAUGAAUAUAGAAGCUAUAGAAAUUUUGGAUACAUCACCAACUGCUUCUCUCCAUCUUGCUACAUCAGUAGCUACCAUCCCGGCAGUUACCUAAUGAGAUAUUGCGAGUAUCCAAAUUAUGUGCCUUCAAGCUUCCCAUCACGGAGCUACGUAUGUAGAAAUUUUCAGUCUCUGAGCCGUAUACCCAGUACUUUCCCACCUCUGAGAUACUUAUGCAGCAGUAACAGACCUCUGCAUUGCUACUGA